AUGGCGGAGGUGGCGCUAGCUGGUUUACGGCUAGCGAUAUCACCCAUCUUGAAUAAGCUCCUCGCUAACGCUUCAACCUACCUUGGCGUUAACAUGGCGAAUGAGCUCCAUGAACUGGAGACCAGCAUCAUGCCACAGUUCAAUCUGGUAAUUGAAGCGGCUGAAACGAGUCCCCACCGCAGAAACUUGGAAGCAUGGCUCGGGCAGCUCAAAGAAGCCCUGUACACUGCUGAAGAUCUGCUUGACGAGCACGAGUACAGCGUCCUCAGGCACAAGCCGAAGAAUGGAAAUGAUGAUCGCUCCCCAGCGGGGCUGAAUGAACUCAAGAGCACCUUAGCAAAAGCCAAGGACUUCCGUCAGCUUCUUGGGUUACCAGCUCUAGGUUGCAUUAGAGAUGUGGCAACAGCAGCUGUCCCUUUGACAACAUCACUGCCCCCUCCAAAAGUGUUUGGUCGCGACUCCGAUCGCAAUCAUAUAAUAGAUCUUCUUACAAACAAGGAUAACUCAGCUGGCUACUCUGGUGUGGCCAUUGUUGCUCAUGGAGGUGCUGGAAAAUCCACCUUGGCACAAUAUGUCUACAGCAAUGACAGGGUGAAGAAACAUUUUGAUGUCAGGAUGUGGUGCAAAUUAAGUGACAUGCUGCAACAGUCAGAGAAAUUCCUCCUUGUCUUGGAUGAUGUCUGGUUUCAAGAAUCCGCAGAUGAGAUAGAAUGGCAGCAACUUCUAGCUCCUCUAGUUUCUCAGCGGGUGGGCAGCAAAGUUUUGGUUACUUCUCGACGGGAUACAUUUCCUGUUGCUCUUUGCUGUAAACAUGUGGUUCAUUUGGAAAUCCUGGAAGAUACGGAAUUCCUGAAACUUUUCAAAUACCAUUCCUUCUCAGGAGCAGAAAUCAGAGAUGAGCAUCUGCGUGCAGAGCUAGAUGGGAUUGCAGUGAAGAUUGCUAAACAGCUUGGACAAUCUCCUUUGGCAGCACAAGUUCUGGGUUCUCAGCUAAGCAGGAAUAAAGAUCUCACCACAUGGAAAGAUGCUCUAAAACUUAAGCGGGCCCAGGAGAGCUCUAUUGUGGACUUAUUUCCAAAAGGCCACAAGUAUUCAGUUGACGAGUUGCUUUAUCUAUGGAUAGCAGAGGGACUUGUUGAUUCACGCAACCAAGAUAAGAGAAUGGACGAUAUUGGAAGGGAUUACAUCAAUGAGAUGGUCUCUUGUUCGUUCUUUCAAACUUCUGAAAGUUUAUAUGAGGAGCUGUCUAGAGAGGACUGCUUCAGACUAGAAGAUGAUAAUGUGACAGAAAUACCAUGUGCUAUUCGACAUUUAUCUGUUCGUGUAGAGAGUAUGAAAAAGCGCAAGCAAAGUAUCUGCAAGAUUCAAAAUUUACGCACUGUUAUCUGCAUCGACCCCCUUGUAGAUAAUGUAAGUGAUAUUUUCCAUGAGGUACUGCAGAAUUUGAAGAAAUUACGUGUAUUGUAUUUGUGCUCUUAUGAUGGAAGGAAGUUACCUCAAUCUGUUGCUGAUCUGAAGCAUCUUCGGUAUUUGAACCUCAUUAGAACUUCAAUUUCUGAACUGCCUGGGUCAUUGUCCACUCUCUACCACUUACAGAUACUUCUAUUCAAUUUCAAAGUUAAGAGCCUGCCUGAUAAAAUUUGCAAUUUAAGUAACCUACAGCAUCUGGGAGCAUAUCUUGAUGAAUACUAUGGUUAUCCAGUUGAAGAAGGGGCCCCUCCGAUUCCUUACAUGGGCAAGCUAAUUUCACUACAGGGACUUCAAAAAUUUAGUGUGCUUAGGCUGAAGGGAUAUGGUUUGGGACAGCUGAGGGACAUUAAUAAUCUGGGUGGCAUCUUAAGUAUCACAAAUCUUGAGAAUGCCACUGGAAAAGUGGAAGCCUUAGAGUCGAAGCUCCAUCAGAAAAGGCAUCUUGAGGGAUUGCGUCUGAACUGGAGUUUUGACAAUGACUUGCACGGAGAAGAUAGUUCUCAUUUGGAUGUUUUUGAAGGGCUGAUGCCUCCGCCUGGGCUAAAGUUUCUUCUCAUUUGGGGUUACAAAUCUUCUGCAUAUCCAAGCUGGUUACUCGAUGGAAAGCAGAUGAAAACAGAUAAUCUGGCAUCCCGACUUGCUUUGAUCUGGGAACUGGAUUCAGAGUCAAGUUCUCGAAUUAAAAAAACAAUAUUGGAAGAGCAUUCAUAUCUGAAGCAGAUGAUGCCAUUGAUGGAUACUGAUGUAGCAGAACAUCUUCGAGUCAUUGAAAGCAGUCUAGCUGGUGGAAGAGAUGAAGCAUUUGUGAAAGAAAAUAUCAUCAAGGCAUGGAUACAUUGCCAGGAGCAAAGGAUAAAACUCCUCUAUAGAAAUAGCCUUGGGACACAAUUUGUUCCACCAUCAACACUUUGCGAACUUCGUCUUUGUAAUUGCAGUAUUACAGAUUGGGCUUUAACUAUUUGCCUUGGAGGCCUCAGUUCACUGAAUCGUUUACAAUUACAAGGUAUUAUGAGUUUAACUACACUCCCGUCAGAAGCAGUCUUCCAGCACUUGAAAACACUGCACAGUUUGGUUAUUUUGGAGUGCUGGUGUAUCAGAUCAUUAGGGGGCAUAAAUGGUGCAGCAUCUAUUUUAAGCGUUAAUCUAAGUUCUUGUCCUUCUUUGGGAUUGGCUCAUGGAGUCGAAUCUAUGCCAUUGUCCCUUGAGGAGCUCGAUGUAUCCAACUGCAUGCUUGCAAGUGAGACUGUAUAUGACUGCAAAAGCUCUGUUCGCGGUUGGUCAUCUUACCUCCAUGAAGACACUCGAACUAAGUCAUUUGCCAGAUUUGUGCAUGCUUGA